AAAGUAAGGAAGGUUCUGUAUCGGAAGUCAUCAUACAGUGUGUAAACUGACUUCAAAAUAAUUAAACUUCCCUGAAAACUUUAACUGGGCAACAGCUGAAUACUAAGAAUGGGCAUGUUGAAGAUUGUGUUGCUUGUUUUCAUUUUGGGCUUUAUUGUCGCAUUAAACUCAGUCGAGGCAUACGCAUGUUACAGUGACAGUGAAUGUCCUUCCAACUUCAAAUGCUGUACCGGAACUGCGUGGUGUUGUCAGUAUGGGUACAUCUGUACUGGAACCGCUACCUGUCUUAGUGUUGGUGUGAUCAUCGGUCCUGUCGUUGUCGUCGUGAUUCUCAUCAUCGGAUGUGUCGUCGCCGUUGUCUUUUGUUUAAGAAGAAAACGACAGACAGCAGGUGUUGUCUACAUUCCACAAGGCGCCACACCUCAACCAGUAGUGGCACCUAAAUUUUAACUUUAUCAGUCUAGAAACGGACAACUUCCAGGAUACGGACAAUGUAACAUUACGCACAACCACAAAAAAAAAAUUGUAGAGAGCACAGAUUGAAGAUAUACAUGUAUCCAUGAGCAUUCACGUGAACUCAUAAACAGAAAGUGAGAGAAAUAGGGUUUAUAUUGCAUGAAGCUUGAUCAUUUGCUUUUAUUGAGUUAUAUUAUUCUGUUUUGUCUUUACAUGUUCUCCUUACUACUUGCAAGUGCAUUACUUUAUAUAUUGUGAAAAAAAUAAAUCUGCAUCUAUUUUUGAUAAUUGUAAAAUUUACGUUUUUAAAUAUGU